CAACCCUAGGUCAGUGACUGUUGCAGAAGAACAUGAAUUCAGGGAGAGAUCUGUGCCUAGAAGGUCUGGUAUGACACCAGCUGUGAAAAAGAAAAAAGGCCUAACAUCAAACUUGUUAAACUAUCUCACCAUGGGGAUUUGAGAAUGCUGAAGCCCAAGUUUGGGGGAAAAGGCUCCCCGUGUCUGUCAGCCCUGAACUGCUCACCCGAACCUCAGUCCAGGGCCCUGGGCUGCAGUGCCCGGGAAGGGAGUGGGGAAGGCAUCCUUGUCUUCCUGGGCCACAGUCUGGCUUUGUCUGCAAAAGGUGACACGGCAGCCUCUGAAACUGGCAGCAGCAAACCAGCCUGGAUGGUUCCCAAGAGGAAGAACUCGGGCGCUUGUCUCGAGCCCAGCCAUGCUGGGAGCCCAGGAGUUCUGCUCAUCCCGCAGCGGAGCACUGCAGGCUGCUGGGAAUCGCUUGCCUGCCGUGCGUCCCCUCUCCUUGAACGGAGGAGUCGCGUGGUUUGUGCCCUACCCUGCAAGUCCGAUGGCCAUGCUGAUCUGUCUUUUCAGACAGGCCUGAGAGGUAUCCUUCAGGACUACAACUGGAAAAUACAACUGAAAUCCAGUAGUACUCUGCCUGUCUCACUGACUGAAAUGAAAAGCAGCAUGCUCACUGCGAAGAGGCCUCUCAGCACUUCACACUCAUCAGUGGAUUCAAAGGAAAUAAAAAAAUUCCAGCUCCUCGCGCAUAAGUGGUGGGAUGAAGAAGGAGAAUAUUCAGCCCUUCAUUCUAUGAAUGAUAUUAGAGUGCCAUUUAUUAGAGAUACUCUGUUGAGCAUGAGUUGUAAUUAUCAUCUGGGAAAUCCACUUUCUGGAGUAAAGAUUCUUGAUGUUGGCUGUGGUGGAGGACUGCUAAGUGAGCCUUUAGCUAGACUGGGAGCUUCAGUUACUGGAAUUGAUCCUCUGGAGGACAACAUUAGAACAGCAGAUCGGCACAAGUCAUUUGAUCCAGUCCUGGCCAAGAGAAUACAGUACAAGUCCAGUUCACUGGAGGAGAUUGUGGAAGAGUCUAUGGAAACCUUUGAUGUAAUUGUAGCUUCUGAAGUAGUGGAGCAUGUGGCUGACCUUGAAACGUUUAUCAAGUGCUGUUCUCAGGUGUUAAAGCCUGAAGGUUCUUUAUUCAUUACGACAAUCAAUAAAACACAGUUGUCCUAUGUCCUGGGAAUUGUGGUUGCAGAAAAGAUAAUGGGCAUUGUACCGGAAGGAACACAUGAGUGGGAGAAGUUUGUUCCCCCUGAAGAGCUGGAGCACCUCCUGGAAUCAAAUGGCUUUUCAGUCAAGACUGUGAAUGGGAUGUUGUAUAAUCCGCUCUGGGGUUCGUGGAGCUGGAUGGAAAGCACGAGCCUUAACUACGCAGUGCACGCCGUGAAGUCUGGGGCUCAGGGACAGUCAGGCCCCACAGAUGCCCCGUCAGAGAUGGAUAUUCAACAGCGCUCAGCCACAGCUGGCACAGCUGGCACUGCCUCAGACAUCAGUGUCUGAGAUUUGUGGUGAUGGACUGUCACCAGGACAGAAAAGAAGGUUUUACUCAGAUGGACAUAAUAAAACCUUUUCUAACAACAAGCUUCCUGUUUGCAUCAGUAAUACUUGUGCUAUUUUUGGCCAAAUAUUUUAGGGCAGUCUCAGUAAAAAAACAAGUGCCCAUUAUCUCAGGAAUCUUUUAAGAUUGAAAUGGUCAAAGCUUUUAAAGAGUAAGUAUUUUUAUGAGAAAGUAGUUUCAAAUUGUUGGACAGGGAAAUGCAAAUUAUUCUGUCAGUAGCUUGGAGGAAGCUCCUGUAUGUGGAGGCAUUUUCAGUCCUCUGGGACUCAGAUCUUCACAGAAUAAUAGUGUAAAUGUAAAGUGAGUUAAAACCCACAAUGAUGUACAAUAAAUAAAAUGCAUUGGGUAUUUAAGAUACUCAACUCUGUUAUGA